UUCCAGUUCAUCAGCACCUAAACUGACCCUACAGAAUCUGAAUUAUGCUUAAAAGUCAAAUUGCUACCAACUACCAUCUGUGUGCCCGAUAAGCUGAGUAAGGCAUCUUCCUGUCGAUCAUCCGGAUGCCCCUAUUCAAAUAGAUAUCAAGAAUUCAAGACGCAAAAUACUUCUAUUAAUAAAUGAAUCCUUCAAUGCCUUGAUUGAAUAGGUGAAUAUCCACGAGUUAUCAAUCACUUGAAAUGCAGCAUAGCCACUCGCAGGAUCGCAUGAAUCUUCCUGAUGCGGAAAUUGAUGAAGCGUUGGUUGAGCUAAACAGUGGGGGCCUAAAGCCAACAAAAUCGGAUUUAAACACUAAUCUCCCCUGAAGAGAAACAGACAGACCUCAUCCUCAAGAAAACCAUACAUCAUGAAAUCUAUCAGUUUGAUCGGUGGCCUCCUUUCCAUCGCCAGCAUUGCUUAUGCCGGCCCUGCAGGCUCUGCAGGCUGCGGGAAACCGUUGCCCAAGGCCCAGGGCAAGGGAGGCGAUUAUCCAACCAACUUUACCACCUCAGACGGCACUGCACGGAAAUAUAUCAUUCAUAUUCCGUCCAACUAUGAUCAGGACAAGCCGGUUCCUGUGAUUUUCUCUUUCCAUGGUCGAACGAAGACGGCCGAGGAACAGCAGGGUCUUUCGCAGUUCAGCAACGAGGAUUGGAACCCAGAUGCUAUUGCGGUUUAUCCCCAAGGCUUGGAUAAACAAUGGCAAGGAGAUCCGAAAUCGAAAGGCGUUGACGACAUCGCCUUCACCAUGGAAAUGCUAGACCACUUCGAGGACCGAUACUGCGUGGAUUCAUCUCGCAUCUACGCAGCCGGCAAGUCCAACGGUGGUGGCUUCACCAACCUCCUCGCCUGCGAUGCCAAGGCCUCCACCCGCAUCGCAGCCUUUGCCCCCGUCUCUGGUGCCUAUUACCAAGAAGUUCCCGAAGGUGGCUGCAAUGCCCAAACCGUCCCAAUCGCCUGCAACCCAGGCCGCAAGCCUAUCCCCGUCCUCGAAUUCCACGGCACUGCCGACAAGACCAUCCCUUACGAUGGCGGAGACAGACGGGAUAGAUGCCUUCCCGCCGUGCCGCAUUUCGUGCGUGAAUGGUCGAAGCGCGAUGGGUUCGGACUGCAUAAUAAGACUACACCUUCGCAUGAUGGGAAUGUGCAUGAGUAUCAGUAUGGCAGCGAUGACAGCUUGGGCACGGUGACACAUUAUCGCAUUGAAGGGCUGGGACAUGCUUGGCCCAGUACGAAGCCGAAUGACGAUAACUCGGCUGGGACUUAUUUGAAUGCGACGCCGAUCAUUAUGGAUUUCUUCAAGAGGUGGACUUUGGAGUAAAGCUCUGGUCUUUUAAUUUUUUAUUUGUGUAACUAACGAUAUAAUUGGUUGUUUAUGGUAUAAAUUGUUCUUCUUAGUUUCAUACAUGGAUUAGACGUUCUACAGAUUGGCAGUUUUGGAUCUUUUCAAGGUGUCUUUCAUUCAUUUAUAUGGGAGGCUUUGUUUCUAUAGUCUAGACUAUAUCACUAGUAUGAAGACGUUGCAUUAGAGACUGCAGAGACAAUCGUCUCGUGGUGGCUAUGCAAUAUUGCAUUCAAGAGCUGCACCUAUUUAACACCAACGA